AUGGUGAACGGGAGCGUCAAAGUUUACGUCGCGUGCACUUCAGUGUUGUACAUCAAGUUCCUGACCGCCACGAUGAUUCAAGGGGCCAGGAAGUUCGCCACGGGUAGUCGUCCUCCCGAGGACAUGAAGAUCUGCUCAUCCAAGCGCAAGCAGUCUUUCGGUAUUGAGAAUGACAAUGACAAUGACACCAGGACGCUCGAGGCAGAGAAACGCUGGGAAAGUAUCGUCACGAACGAUUUGGAGGCCAUUCCGCUAGGCCUUUUCGUCUUCGGCGCAGGAAUCAUGGCUGGGGCCAACUCCAAAGUUCACUUCCGCGCGAUGAUCGCCUUCACGGCGGCACGUUGCCUGCACACGUACGCGUUUGCGUAUGCGAAACAACCCAUGCGUUCGCUGUGUCACGGAGUCGGUGUGGUAGCGACUUUAGUUGGACUGGGCAACGCCGUGAGUGCCAUCCUCUAA